AUGUAUGACGGAGCCAUGGGAACCAUGAUCCAGAAUUAUGCCAAGAGGAACAAACUGGAAGAGGAGGAGUACCGUGGAGAGAAGUUCAAGGACUGGAAAUGCAAUGUGAAGGGGAACAAUGACAUGCUGAGCAUCACCCAGCCUGAUGUCAUUAGUGGCAUUUACCGCGAGUACUUGGAGGUGGGUGGAUCCAACAUGAUUGGAACCAACACCUUCUCUUCCACUACAAUCGCCAUGGCUGACUAUGAGAUGGAGGACUACGUCUAUGAGCUCAAUUAUCAAGGAGCUCGGUUGGCCAGGGAAGCCUGUGAUGCUGUGACAGCCAAGGACCCAACUAAGCCUCGUUUUGUAGUUGGUGCCAUUGGUCCUACCAACCGGACUGGCUCCAUUUCUCCAUCUGUGGAGGAUCCUGCCGCUAGGAAUGUCACCUUUGACGAACUUGUGGAUGCCUACUUUGAGCAGGUUGUUGGUCUUAUGGAUGGAGGAUCAGAUAUUUUGAUGGUUGAGACAAUCUUUGAUACCCUGAACGCCAAGGCUGCCCUGUAUGCCAUUGGGGAGUACCUUGAAUUCACUGGUCUUGAUAUUCCAGUGUUUGUUUCUGGAACUCUGGUGGAUCAGUCUGGAAGGACUUUGUCUGGUCAAACUGGUGAGGCCUUUUAUGUCUCUAUCAGGCACGCCAAGCCCAUGUGUGUUGGUUUGAACUGUGCGCUUGGAGCCACCCACAUGAUUCCAUUUGUGGAGAGGCUGUCCAAGUGUGUGGAGUGUUUCAUGCAUGUUUACUCCAAUGCUGGUCUACCCAAUGCAAUGGGAGGCUACGAUGAGACCCCCGAAGAUAUGGCCAGGUGCAAUGAAGUCUUCUUCAAGAAUGGCUGGAUCAAUAUGGUUGGUGGUUGUUGUGGAUCCACCCCUCCCCACAUCAAGGCCAUUCGUGAGGUGGCAGAAAAGUACCAGCCAAGGAAGCUGCCUGAUGUUGGCCGUCCCAAGAUGUGGCUGUCAGGUUUGGAGGACCUUGUGGUUGACGAUGUUCACAACCACCUUGGUCUGCCCUUCUUGAAUGUUGGCGAGAGAUGCAACAUUGCUGGUUCCCUCAGGUUCAAGAAGCUCAUGAUGGCGGGUGACUAUGCAACUGCCAUGGAUAUCGCUAAGCAGCAGGUUGAAGAUGGAGCACAUGUCAUUGAUAUCAAUGUUGAUGAUGGCAUGCUUGACGGUUUGGCUGCCAUGCAGAAGUUUGUGAAGAUUGCUGUCACUGAGCCAGAGAUCUCGAAGGUCCCCUUCAUGUUGGAUGCAUCCAAGUUUGACAUUGUUGUGGCCGGCCUGAAGUGGUGCCAAGGCAAGCCCAUCAUCAAUUCGAUCUCCCUCAAGGUUGGCGAGGAGCUGUUCAUUCAGCAUGCCACUCUCUUGAAGAAGCAUGGUGCAGCUGUUGUUGUGAUGGCCUUUGAUGAGCAAGGACAGGCUGCCACAGAAGAGGAGAAGGUCCGCAUCUGCAAGAGGUCUUACGAUGUCCUUGUGAACAAGGUCAAGUUUCCUCCUGAAGACAUCAUCUUUGACCCCAAUGUGUUGACCAUUGGAACUGGAAUGGAGGAGCACGCCAACUAUGGUGUUGACUUCAUCAAGGCCACCAAGCGCAUCAAGGAGGAGUGUCCUUAUGUUAAGAUCAGUGGAGGAAUUUCCAACCUGUCUUUUGGCUUUAGGGGAGUUACCAAGAUUCGUGAAUCCAUCCAUGCUGUGUUCCUCCACAAUGCCAUCCUGGAAUCUGGCAUGGAUGUUGGCAUUGUCAAUGCCAAAGAAAUGUUGGCCGUGGAUGAUCUGGAGGAAGACAUGAGACUCAUUUGUGAGAAUCUUGUAUUCAACAAGAGUGAGGAUGCGACUGAUGAGAUGCUGACUCGCACAAAUUAUGAAAGGGCAUGUAUUGAUGCAAGGAAGAAGGGGUUACCAACUCCAAGAAAACCAAGAGGCAAGCCCGUCAAUAUGCCCCGCCUUCAGUUUUCUUAUGACAAUGUGGAGCCCAAGGCCUCCACAGAGCCACCUCUCCCCACUUCUGAUGCUGCCCAAAACCAUGUGCCCAACCCAUAUGUCAACUCCAAGCUUGUUCACAAAAAGGUUGUGGCUGAGAGGAACAAGUCUACCCUCCCCAAGGACAUUGCCCUGUAUGACGGGGCCAUGGGAACCAUGAUCCAGAAUUAUGCCAAGAGGAACAAACUGGAAGAGGAGGAGUACCGUGGAGAGAAGUUCAAGGACUGGAAAUGCAAUGUGAAGGGGAACAAUGACAUGCUGAGCAUCACCCAGCCUGAUGUCAUUAGUGGCAUUUACCGCGAGUACUUGGAGGUGGGUGGAUCCAACAUGAUUGGAACCAACACCUUCUCUUCCACUACAAUCGCCAUGGCUGACUAUGAGAUGGAGGACUACGUCUAUGAGCUCAAUUAUCAAGGAGCUCGUUGGCCAGGGAAGCCUGUGAUGCUGUGA